UUGACUUUGAUAGUUGCAUGGCAAUUCAUAAUUUUAUGAUUUUUGUUCGAUUCUCUCUUAUAUUCGUUAUUGUCCAAUUUCCUAGUGUUUAGUACAACCUUAACGCUUGAUAAUUUGCGUUUAAACUGAACAAAGCGGAAAAACGAAUUUGUGACACUUUAUAAAUUAUUUUAACAUGUGAGUGAUGAGUUGUACGGAAAAUGAAAGUGGCCCUUUUGUCGUAUUUUUCUUACCAGCGGUGGUCGGCUGCUUGACUAUACUCUUGGCGAGGCGGUGGGCAAACUGUCAAGUUAGCGGUACUUCGUCAACGGCCAUCUCCAGGCGGAGAAAAAUUAUUAAAGAUCCGCUUGUUAAACGGCCUUUGCCGCCUAUUGCCACUAAAAUGAUCCCGCCAGGUUCUAAAAAAGCCGCCGGGGUUGCUAAAAAGCCAACAGUCCCACUACCUGAAGAAGAAAUUAACGGUGGCAAGCGUGUAGGCCGUACAGCACGUGUUGCACCGUCCACCUCGCCGACGGCUACUGUGAAUGACUUCAAACUAGCAGAUGGACCAAUGCCUCCUAAACAUAUCCCGUUUCCAUACAUACCGCAAGACGGAACACUGUUGUUUGAAGCCAUGACAUUUAUAUUCACACUGACUGCCAUGGGAUUGCAGUUCUUGAAUUUGUACAGAACUGCAUGGUGGCUACCACACUCUUAUACCAAUCAGGCGAUGAACUUCUAUUUGAUUGAUCCACAUCUGGUAGCAUUCAUAGUGACAAUAAUUUUUAGAAGCCUUCUACUUAAUAUAACUUUGGCUGUGUUGAAAUAUAUACUCGCACCCAAAUUGAUGCCACAUGCCAUAAUUGCUGCCAGGAUGUUCAUUUUGGGUGUCAUACUCGGGGCACUGGCUUGGUGUUCCUACUUUAUAAUGCUCAAGUAUCCACUAUUGAAAAUUUUCUUCCUGUGUUACCCAGCCGUUAUUUACUUCUUGCUAUUUGGAUUGCAAUCUGGUCCGUUCCUGGAGUUGAACAAUUCGGACACGCCCCCGAUGCACUGCUGCAGCCAUGACCCCCAGCAGGUCAGGGACGAGGUGGAAGUGCUCAGACAGGAUUUUAAUCUUCGAGUCAAAAAAAUACUGUUCAAUUCCAUUGUGGGUGCAUACUACACGAGCUUUAUACCUUGUUGUUUUGCACAGUCGUAUUUGUACUACGACGUGUACGGCGCGUCGCAACAAGUGGCGUUCGUGUGGGGCGGGCUGUUCGGCCGCUACGCGAGCCAGCUGCUGCCCGCCACCUACUGCGACGUGGGCCACCGCGCCGCGCUGCAUCUCGGCCGCUGGCGACUGCACUCCACCUGCACAGAGGGCGCGUGCGAGGCGCGGGCGUGGUCGGGCGCGGCGUGGUGGCCGCGGGGUGGUCGCGCGGCGGCGGGCGGCGAGUUCGCGGCCGCCGCGCAGCCUGCGCACGCGCAACACACGCGCUUCUACUCGGUCUUCAUAAACCCGUCGGUGCUGCUGUGCAUGUUACUGUGCCUGCAACUGUCGCUGAUUGUGCUGCAGCUAUGCCUGCUCUUCAGCAACAUACAGUGGCAUAACUUCCUCUCCGUAGUCAUACUAUUAUUCAUAAACUACUACACACUCUUCAAGAUGAUGCGGGAUUAUCUGAUCGCGUGGAAAGUCUACAGAGCCGAGAGCAUGAUACAGGAUAAGAAUGGGCCCGUACAAGGCAAUUAGUGGAUAUGUUUAAAUGUACUUCCCUAACGCACAAACAUUUCGAAUGUCGUAACAAUUAUUUCACUGUAUCUCGAGGGUCUAGUCUUUUCCAAACCCUAAACAUUCCAGCUUGGAUUGUAGGCACACAAGUAAUAGAACAGAGUUCGCACUUAACAGAGGGGAAUUUACAUACAAAUUAUCGCCCUUUAAAAUAAUAACCUGGAAUAGUUAAUUUUAAAAUUUCGCGUUGUUUGUGUAUAUUUUAAAUACACUAUCGGGACUUAAAGCGAUGAAAAAUUUUUUGCAAGUGAAUAGUACCUACAUACCUGCGUCUUUAUUGCCGUCGUUUCGACGUGGAUUACACCACGUAGUGGUCAUGUCGGGACAAAGAAAAUUACCUGCAUAAUUCUACCUGCAAAGAAUUUUUUAUCGCCUUAAGUCCAGAUAGUGUAUUUAAAAUAUGAAUAACUUGGAAUGUUUUACUUUAUUAUUUUCUGGCCUGAUAAUAAGAUGAGAAGUUAAAAGAACUCAAAGCCGAAAAAAAUAUAAUUAUUUAUGGUACAAAAUAAAAAAAAAAUUGUAACUACAUUUAAACAAAUGUUUGAGAAUUGCAUCUCAAGUCGGUUAAUCACCAUGAGGGAAGAUGGCUACUAGUUAAGACAGUUGGAGAAGACCUUUGAUAAGAAGCAAACAAACAGUAGUAAUUAAGUAAACAGUAUAAUAAAUUGUAAAAAAAAAAUGUUAUGUAAUGUCUGAAUAAAGGCUAAUAAAAAAAUUUAUUGCUUAAAAAACUAUAAAUUAUUAAUGCUCACCCCUAAGCCAAGCUCUGAUCUGGCUAUUUUGCCAUUCCGCCCAAAACAGGAAUAUUUUACCGUCCUUUAUAAUGAAUAACCAUAUUAACAUAUUAAUUUAUUGCUACUUGUACAACAAUUAGUCCAUUGUACUAAGUUUAUAUUGAAAAGUUUGCUUUCAGCAAUAAGACCGCCUUAUUGUACUUAUACAACCCUAUAUUGUAUAAUUCAAAUAAAAUAUACUCAUUCAUUUAUUAACUGUUAGUGAAUUAAUUUUGGACCAGUAUAUGUUGGUAGUACAGGCAGAUUUACCAUUCCAUUUUCAUCUUAUUAAUAAAAAGAACUCAUUUUCUAGACAUUUUUCAGGCUAAUGCACCACAGUUAAGACCUUGCCCCAAGGUUACCUACUAGGUGCCUGUUUUACUUUGUAUUACAUUUACUUGUGUGCUGCAAAUCUAUCCAAGAAAAGUCAUUGUCCUGAUACAUUAUUGUACUUAAUCAUUUUGGAAAUUUGUGCACUUGAAUAAGUUAAGAAUUUGAUUUGAACAAAGCUCUUGUUAUGUGAAAUUUUAUAAGACUGACAUUAACUAAGCUAUUCCUUGUUUACGAUCUGUUUUCCCAAACUUCAUUAUCAAAUAAAACAAAAAAAAAUAUAUUUUUAUUUAAUAAUUGUCAUAAAAUUUAUUUGUGUAACUGAUAAAAUAAACUUAAUUAAAUUGUAUACUUGCCAUA